AUGUCCGACGUUAGGUCACGAUCCGUGACGCCUGCUCCAGCUUUGUCGGUGGAAGGGGCGAAGGACGAGGCGCAAGUCUCUAGGUCGCCAUCGGCAACUGUAGUCGCCAAGUCCCCAAACCGCUUCGUGGCGUGGUUGCGGAGUAAUAGCAUUGGCAAGGGGAUCAUACAUGACAUACGCCGCCGCGCGUCGUACUAUGUCAGCGAUUGGACCGAUGCUUGGAACUAUAGAGUAAUACCUGCUGUCGUCUUGAUUUUCUUCGCAAACGUGUUACCCGGUAUCGCGUUCUCGCUAGACCUCAUAGAGACAACUCAGGAAUAUGGCGUCUCGGAGGUCCUUCUAUCAUCAUUCAUGGCUGCGUUCAUAUUCUCGAUCUUCGGCGCUCAGCCUCUGUGCAUCGCUGGUGUUACCGGUCCCAUCACAGUCUUGAACAAGACGAUUUUCGACAUUAUACAACGUCAGGAUAAUCCCCCCAACUACUUACAGUUUGUCGGCUGGGUUUACCUCUGGGGAGCCAUACUGCAUUGGAUCACGGCUGCAUUAAACUGGUGUAACUUCUUGCGAUACGUCACCCUGUUUUCCUGCGAUACCUUCGGCUUCUAUGUCUCGUGGGUAUAUCUUCAGUAUGGCGUACAGGUUGUCACUCGCCAGUUCCCCAACCCCUCAGCUCCAGAAAAUACUCUGGAUGGCGCAUUCGUAGGCAUUAUACUGGCCUUGCUUAUGGUCAUGUCGUCAUAUCUCUUCCGCACUGCAUCGCAAUCCUCGUACUUCCAUCGUCAUGUCCGACGCUUUCUGGCCGACUAUGGCAUGCCGCUGUCCUUGGUAGCUGCCUCCGCGAUGGCGUAUUGGGGUCGGUUUAAUCAUGCCAACCCUACGACACUUCCUGUGGGCAAGGCGUUCCAGCCAGCUGGCGGCAGAGACUGGCUAGUCAAGUUCUGGCAGCUCGAAGGGAAAUGGGUCGGCAUAGCGUUUCCUUUCGGCUUCGCUCUCUGGGUCCUGUUUUUCUUCGACCAUAACGUUUCCUCACUCAUGGCUCAGGGGAGCCAAUUCCCUCUACGGAAGCCGCCCGGUUUUCACUACGAUUUCUUCAUUCUCGGGAUCACGACCUUCAUCGCAGGCCUGCUCGGUAUCCCUGCGCCUAAUGGCCUUAUCCCUCAAGCUCCCAUCCACACCCAGUCGUUGCUCGUGAUGGAAAGUGCUCACAGGACGAAGAAAGACGAUAUUGAAACGUCUUCGCGAUUACUAGAGAAGACUCCAAGACAGCCCGGCGAGCCCGGCCUUAUAGAAUCGAGGCUCCUUAAUGUCCACAUGCCUCACUUCCAACAGGAGCUUGAGCCCGAUCCGACCCACGCCAAGGAUGGUGACGGAGAGGCUCGCCAGCAUGAACGGCCCGUCGCGGUAGUGGAACAGCGCGUAUCUAAUCUCGCUCAAGGCUCCUUGUGCCUCGUACUGCUCUCAGGGCCUUUCCUGCAUGUGCUGAGUCUGGUUCCUAGAGGCGUCCUUGCUGGAUUGUUCUGGUACAUGGGGCUCGACGCCCUCGAAGGGAAUGGGAUCACUCGCAAACUCCUGUACUUCCUCAGGGAUAAAAGUUUGACCCCUAAAGACGAUCCACUCCGCAAUGUCCGCAAGUCUAGAGUACUGUUAUUCGUGGCUGUGCAGCUGGCUGCAUUCGGGGCGACUAUGGCAGUUACCCAAACCAUCGCUGCUAUCGGAUUCCCCAUAAUCAUCCUGCUUCUAGUGCCUAUACGUACGCUGAUAAUACCUCGGCUCCCCUUCACUGCCGAGGAACUAAACAUCCUCGAUGGCCCAACGGCGUCGGAAUUUACCAUGGAAUCAGUUGGGAGAGCCCAUUAG